AUGGACAUAAAGAAAACCAAUAUCUUCAAAGAAAUGCCGCAUGAAUUGAUUGGGAAAAUUAUGUGCAAAGUAAGUUUGAAAAGAGUCCAAAAAAUUCGAAAGCCUUCAUAAAACAAUAGACUUUUGAAAAAAACUGACCUUGAAAAUUUAUCAAUAGAAUUUUUUCUAGACUCUUUUUUUUCUGUUCAAAUUUUUAGGGUAUUUUGGUUGAUUGCGAAGCUGAUAACCAUAAUUUUAGAAGAAACUUUGAUGAUUUCCACAGAAUUAGGACAAAAUAAAAGUUUUAAAAGAAACUUGUAAUUUUUUGAUGAAUCAAUCAAUUUUUCGAUGCGUUUUUUUUGUGUGGAAAAACAAAAAAAAAGAAUAAUAUUCUCAAUUUUUAGGUGUUGGGGUAGAUGUAGAUCAGUUUUCCAUAAAAAAAAGAGAGAGAGAUAAAUAUACCCAAAACAGACUCUCAGAAAACGUGACCUGGCAUCAUAAAAUCCACUCAAUAUUCAAAACUGUCAAAAAACAUCAUAAAUAACUCAGCUUCUCCCUUCUUAUCCCUCAAAAAAUAACCAAUUUCCAGCUCCCAAACAAAGACGCCAUAAAUUUUCGAAACACAUCUGCAGUCAUGAGAGGCGUUUACAAUCACUACCGCAAAUCAAUCAGUGGUCCACAUUGUGAUGCAUAUGUCACACUUCAAAACAACACUAUUCGUUAUGGCAUCCGUUAUAUCGAAGAUUCUAUUAAUUCCUCUCGAGUUCCAGCGGAUCACUGGGAAUCUCUCUUCACAAACGCUGUUGUCGGCAAAUUUUUCCUCCGCGUCGAAAACGGCGAAUUGACAAACGAGCAAAUCGAAAAGAUUUUCCAUUGCUAUUCCAUCGAAGAAUUACGCCUCAAUGGUGGAUAUUUUACUCAAACUCUUUUUGAUUCUCUUCGUCGAAUGAGCAUCGAAAAUAUUUCGGUACGCGUUGAAAAAUGGAUCGACAAUAUGGCAGGAGGGAACAAUCUUACAUGUGUCUAUAUCACUGAACCACUCGAAAACUUUACUGAUAUCUCUGAAGUUAUCAAGACUACUCCGAAAUUGAAUGUUAAGUUCAAAUAUCAUAAUAUGCUUGACAAUAUUGAUGUUCUGAAGGUAAAUAGAUUGAAAAACAAUAUCUUCACAAACAAUAGAUUACAAAAAUUUAUACUAUAUAAAAAUAGUAACCCAUUCGGAUGUUAAAGAUAUAAUUCUUUUUAUUUUAAUUAUAAUUUUCAGGCAAUCCCGACUGGAAGCAUUGAUAUUGUUCUUUGGGAGUUCUACCUAUUCGAUGGAUUGGUUUCUCCUAAUGAAGCGGCAGUGUUGUUCACUACAGUUUGUUCGGAAGUCUUUCGAAUUUCUGGGACUGAUACUAACACAAGCAUGGAGCAAUUUGGAGCGCCGUCCAGUCACCGUAUGUGUUUCUGGAAAAAUAAAGUUCGCCCUCAACCUCUAAGAAGAAUCGUCUAA